UCUCUAAGCUAGCUACUAAACUUGUCUGUGGAAUUUAGCUAGAACACAAGAGCUUGGAUGACACGAGACUUGGUGCUCCACCUUCGCAAUGGAAAGGAACAUGCCACGGCGCCAACUUCACUCGCAACAAUUUCCAACUACGCACCUUGGCUCUUAACCGUUGCUGCAAAUAUAAUUGACAGGAAAUUCGUCGCCGAAGCUGUUCUUGGAAACGGAAUAGUCCUCAAUGGACUUUCAAUUAACGACUUCAAUCUCAGUGGGAAUUCACAUCCCUUGAUUUGGGUAGUGGCCGCCUAUGUUAAGGCAAAGUAUCCCAACUGGUCUCCUGCAGCCAUUAAGUCUACCCUCAUGACCAGAGCGACUGUGAUGGACUGGAGGGGGCAGGAUGACUUAGAAUUCGCGUAUGGGUCUGGUCAACUCAAUCCGGAACAGGGCACUCCGACCUGGACUUGUCUAUGAUGCAGACGAAACAGAUUACAUUAACUUCCUCUGUAAACAGGGUUACAACACCACAACUGUUCGACUCAUUACUGGAGAUAACAGCACGUAUGCAACAGCACUG